CCGGAUCUGUAACUGUACCGUGGAUGGCAUCAAGUUGGCAUGCCGUUGCAGCACUAGCAGUGGUAGUUCUCCGUAAGAACUACUACUACUGCCUGUACAACAUAGCAACAAAGAAGAGACGGCACGUAAAGGACCUUUCGCCAUUCACCAUUAGCCUCCAUGAUGUCACCCCCACUGUCGGGUCGGUCGAAAAACAUCCAUUGGAUGCGUCGAAUCGAGCCGUGGCGGGCGCGACAGCGACAAACUCUUGCGCAGACGUACGAGUAGCGCCAUGCAAUGCAUGCUUUAGGGUCGCCAAGUGCGGUACUAGUAUGGGGUUGGAGCUAAUUCGAAGACUGCAUCUGCGGACGUCUGAAUAAG